UCCAUAUCAUGUGAUUCAGGUGUUCCAAUCCCCUCCAUAUCAUGUGAUUCAGGUGUUCCAAUCCCCUCCCAAUCAUGUGAUUCAGGUAUUCCAAUCCCCUCCAUAUCAUGUGAUUCAGGUGUUCCAAUCCCCUCCAUAUCAUGUGAUUCAGGUGUUCCAAUCCCCUCCAUAUCAUGUGAUUCAGGUGUUCCAAUCCCCUCCAAAUCAUGUGAUUCAGGUGUUCCAAUCCCCUCCAUAUCAUGUGAUUCAGGUGUUCCAAUCCCCUCCAUAUCAUGUGAUUCAGGUGUUCCAAUCCCCUCCAAUCAUGUGAUUCAGGUGUUCCAAUCCCCUCCAUAUCAUGUGAUUCAGGUGUUCCAAUCCCCUCCAUAUCAUGUGAUUCAGGUGUUCCAAUCCCCUCCAUAUUAUGUGAUUCAGGUGUUCCAAUCCCCUCCCAAUCAUGUGAUUCAGGUGCUCCAAUCCCCUCCAUAUCAUGUGAUUCAGGUGUUCCAAUCC